AUCCCCAUUCACGCAGAAGGUAACUUGUUUCUUCAACACAUCACACCAAUCCCACGCUCUCUCAUCUAUAAAUACCCACAUCUCCACCACCACCACCACCACACUCCUUCCCUUCUUCUCAAGAUCUACAUUUCCUCAGCGAAUAUGUCGUCGACGCCAGCGAGCAAGGUGGUGGCGCCGCUGAAAGAUGAGCUGGACAUCGUGAUCCCGACGAUCCGAAACCUGGACUUCCUGGAGAUGUGGAGGCCCUUCUUCGAGCAGUACCAUCUCAUCAUCGUCCAGGACGGAGACCCCUCCAAGACCAUCCACGUGCCCGAGGGCUUCGACUACGAGCUCUACAACCGCAACGACAUCAACCGCAUCCUCGGCCCCAAGGCCUCCUGCAUCUCCUUCAAGGACUCCGCCUGCCGCUGCUUCGGAUUCCUCGUCUCUAAGAAGAAGUACAUCUUCACCAUUGACGACGAUUGCUUCGUGGCCAAAGAUCCAAGUGGUCAAGAUAUCAAUGCAUUGGCUCAACACAUACAUAAUCUGCUAACUCCAGCGACACCAUUCUUCUUCAACACAUUGUACGACCCCUACAGAGAAGGUGCUGACUUCGUCCGCGGCUACCCCUUCAGCCUGAGGGAAGGAGCGCCAACUGCCGUCUCCCAUGGACUCUGGCUCAACAUCCCUGACUAUGAUGCCCCAACCCAGCUUGUCAAACCGCGAGAGCGCAACACUAGGUAUGUCGAUGCUGUCCUGACAAUUCCUAAGGGAACCCUGUUCCCAAUGUGCGGAAUGAACCUUGCCUUCGACAGGGAGCUCAUUGGCGCUGCCAUGUAUUUCGGUCUCAUGGGCGAUGGCCAGCCAAUCGGGAGAUACGACGACAUGUGGGCUGGCUGGUGUACUAAGGUGAUUACUGACCAUUUGGGUCUGGGGGUGAAGACGGGGCUUCCGUAUAUCUGGCACAGCAAGGCUAGCAAUCCAUUUGUGAAUCUGAAGAAGGAAUACAAAGGAAUCUACUGGCAAGAGGAUAUCAUCCCUUUCUUCCAAUCUGUUGUUCUCCCCAAGGAAUGCACGACCGUGCAGAAAUGUUACAUUGAGCUGUCGAAGAUGGUGAAAGAGAAGCUCGGCCCUAUCGAUCCCUACUUCCAGAAGCUGGCCGAUGCUAUGGUCACCUGGAUUGAGGCGUGGGACGAGCUCAACUCUGCUCCUGUUGCUGAUGCUGCCAAGAAGGAUGCUUCUUCUUCAUCCAAGAAGUAGAGAGGUUGACUACUUCUAAUAGAGAUGCAUUUCAAAUUAUUUCACUCCACAGUUUUACUGCUUUGAGUCAUUUUACUUGCUAUGUUUGUUUAAGUUUAUCUAUUUAGACGGAAUGCGAUUUAAUAAUACAUAUGUAUUUUUUUUUUAA